CACUGGGUCAGGCCAGCGAGUAUUUCUGAUGGGGGCGAGACCUGUGUAUAAACAACACAGAUCUCUCUCCUGUCAGCUCCUGCACACUGCUUUGUAUGGCUUUAGCACAGCACAGCCAUCCAGAGCAGUGUGAUAACAGUAAAGCACCAACACACCACCCCUAGUAAAACACUCCCAGCACACAGUUAACCCUUUGAUGGCCCCUCAUGUUAACCCCUUCAUGCCCAGUGCCAUUAGUACAGUGUCAGUGCAUUUUUUUAGCACUGAUCACUGUAUUGGUGUCACUGGGGAUGUCAGUGACACCAAGUCAGUUCCCCCCAGUGUCAGAAUGCCCACCACAGUCCCACAGUCCUGCUAUAAGUCGCUG